CGUAUAAAGUUAGUAGCUUUAAAUCUCAGUGUCAGGUUUUGGUGGGAGGUAAAGAAGCAAAAAAAAACAAUGGGGGAGAAGGAAGCAAAGAUCUUCACUCUCUCAGAAGUUUCAGAGCACAAUCACGCUCAUGACUGUUGGAUCGUCAUCAAUGCAAAGGUGUACAAUGUAACCAAGUUCCUUGAAGACCAUCCAGGUGGAGAUGAAGUUCUCCUGUCUUCAACAGGCAAGGAUGCAACGGAUGAUUUUGAGGACGUGGGGCAUAGCGAGAGCGCAAGAGAGAUGAUGGAACAAUACUACGUUGGAGAGAUUGAUCCGACAACAAUCCCGAAGAAAACCAAGUACACACCUCCGAAACAGCCUCACUACAACCAAGACAAGACCUCUGAGUUCAUAAUCAAGAUCCUCCAGUUCCUCGUUCCCCUUGCCAUUCUCGGUUUGGCAGUUGGGAUUCGUAUCUACACCAAGUCAGCAUAGUAGUCUUCUUUUCCAUAUCUACUAUAUAUAGAGAGAGAGAAAGAUUUAAGUCUUUUGAGAAGACAAAUCUCGAAGUCUCUCCCCUUUGUUCCUAUCUUUUGUUGUGUGAACGUGUUUUGUAUUGUUUCUUACGUGUUGUGAUGAAGCCGCAUCUAAACAAGCAGUCUUGCAGAAAUGCAGCUGAUAUUGAUCUAAUAUAAUUCAUGUUGCGAAACCAAA